ACGCGGAUGUUUUCUUAUACCAGCGCCCCUGCACGACGCGAGGCGAGCCGCCGGCUCCACUCAGCUGCCUGGCGGGUUUGCCUACCCAGCGCGUCGCAGGCGCUAACAAGCGCUCAUUCGAGUGAGCCGUCACCAGACAAGUACGGCCGGCCGUGUCCCAGUCCUGGAGUUCCUGGAGGACCCCUUGCGGCGGGAGGACCUUCCCCUGAGAGCAGACAGGUGUGCAGGAGAUGCCCGUGUGUCCUUCCGGUGAAGCCCUCGCGUCACCAUGAGGAGGCUGUGGGUCCUCAGCUUCACCAUGUGCAUCGUCACCAGCGUCACCACAGAUACACCACAGACCUCGCGGUUACCCGGGACUACCCCGCCGUCUUCCUUCGCGCCGCCGGCAUCCUCGUCUGCGGCGACACCCUCCCCGUCGUCGUCGUCCACGACGGCCACGGCCACCUCGUGGGCCGCCUCAAGCACCGCGCCGCCGCCGCCCCCUGCCCCCACGGCCGCGGCCCUGGCCGCCCCGCCGGCGGGUGGCGUGAGCUACGCGGCGCGGCCGCCGCUGCCGGGCCCGGACCGCUCGGGCGGCGAGGUGGUGCUGCUGACGACGCCCAGGACGCUCAUGGCGCCGCCGUCCAAGAGCCACACGGACUCGCCGAUGCUCAACUACAUCUACGACGCGCGGUCCUCGGCGCACAAGCACAUGCACCACAGCCAACGGUUCGGCCCCAUGUUCGAGACCAACACGACCAGCAUCACGGUGCAGAUCGGCAGCACCGCCUCCAUCGACUGCAAGAUCAGUCUGCUCCAAGACAAUGCGGUGUCUUGGGUGCUGCGCAAGCCUAGCGAGGACUCGCUGCGCCUUCUAACCGUCGGCCAGAUGACGUACUCUGGUGACGCGAGGCACGCCGUCGAGUUCCUCUACCCGAACAACUGGCGCCUUAUAGUGAAGAACGUGACCAAGGCGGACGAGGGGACGUACGAGUGCCAGAUCUCGACGCACCCGCCCAAACUCAUCCGGACGCACUGCGUCACGUCUACAUGACGGGCUCCGUGGUCUCCUGGAUACACCAAGGCGUCUUACUGAACCAAGACUCCACCAGGGGAGGCAUUAG